AUGGGGGGGGAGCGCCCGCUCCCGGUAGAGGGCGGCCUUCCGGUCCCGUUGCCGCUCGUCACCGACCUGGAUGGAGACGGCAAGAACGAGGUGGUGGUGCUAGCAGACGGCGGGAUGUUGAUCCGAGUGCUGUCGGUACCGGUAGCGUCGGGAGAGACACUGGUGGACCCUUGGAUAAUCCACUCGACGGAGUUGAGACCCACUCGACGGCUCGGGCGCGACGAGCGCGCGGUGGCCAUGGCGGCGGGGUACCUCGAACCGCCUGUCAACGCCCGGGACCCAGGAAGCUCAAGGCAGCAGCAGGUGCAGCAGCGACAGCAGCAGCGUAUUGUGGUCGUUGGGGAGGACUCGAGCGUUACCUGCUUCAACCAUCAGCUUGGCAGGCUGUGGACGACCUCGCUAGCGCACGAAGGGUCAUCAUCAGGCGAGGGCGGGUCUUUCGUCAUCGACCAGGUAGCGAUUACGGUGGCGCACUCCGUGCGCAAGCUGGACGAUCGAGGUCGCCCGAAACCGGGCACGGGCGAGGGACUGAUCGUUGUCGGGAUCAGCAUGCGCCAUCGAGACGGGCGCUUUCAUCACAGCAGGGCCGGUCGUGACCCCAGCGGGGGCUCUCCCGUUGACGGGGCCGACCCCCUGGGCGUUCAUGUGGAGGCGUUUGUGGAAGGGGAGGAGGACAGCCGGGACACUGUCGAAGAGGAGAAGAUGAGCGAGGAGGAGAAAGGGAGGAGAGCCGCCGAGCACUUCUCCCUCUUCGCGCUUGACGGCGAGACGGGCGAGGUCCGCUGGAGCCACGGCGGGGGUGCUCAUCACGGUGCGCAGGACAAGCAGAACGGCGGCGACGGCGGCGGCGGCGGCGGCGGUGGGAUCAGGGACUACGACUACUUCGACUUCGGCUUCGACCUCGACUACCCCGGCUUCGGCGACGACCUCCUCUACAACCAGACGGAGGGUGCCGCAGCGGCCCUGGCGUUCGAGGGCCUCGCGGCCGUGGCCGGCGCCGUCGGGGGCGGAAGCGGGCAGAGGACGAGGGACGGGCUCGAGGCGGUGGAGCUGUCCACGGGGAAGCCGCUCAGCGCGGUCGCGCUGCCCGCCGCCGCCGGGACGGACGCUGGGGUGUACGUGGACCUGAACGGCGACGGCGUCGUGGACCACGUCCAGGCGGUGGGCACGCGCGGAGGGCAAGGGUGGGGGCAUCUACACGAGGGGGUGGCCAUGGGCCAUCUGUCCGAGGAGCCCACGCCCUCCCAGCCGGCGCGACGGUUUCUUCCCCCGUGUUACGCCCUCGCGGUGAGCGGCCUCCCCCCUAGAGAGCAGCUCUUCAACGCCUCCCUUUGCCACGACGCCGGAGCUCUCUUCGAAGUACAGGAACGCCUUAGCAAGCCCAACUCCCGCUCGUCCUCACGAUCCCUGGACCUAGAGGUCGGAGCCGCAUCCCCGGCCAUCAUCCCAAGAGACUCGGCGGGGGUGGCGGCGGCGGCGGCCACGGGGGCCGCCACCGCCCGCUCGAGCUCUGGGGCAGGAAGGGGAGCACGUUCGGGAGGGGGAGGGGGAGGCGGGGGGGUGGGGGGGUGGGGAGAGGGUCCGGCGCGCUUCGACGCGGUGUUUGCCGUGAGCAGUGGGGUCGUAAGCAGCUACGACGACGAGGGGCGGCUAAAGUGGCAGGAUCGCCGCGGGCCCAAGUGGACCCGAAAAGACACCGAAGGCGGAGACCCCAGCAACGGGGGGGGCUACGUGGUCCCCUUCACCCUGGAGGUCGGCUGGCCUGGUCGCGGCCGGGGAAGGAUUAUCAACCCUUCCCCUGGCGCCGAGGAGCGAAUUCUAGUGGUGGGGCAGGACAAGAUGUGCGUGUACGACCGCGGGGGCCGCUUGGCCGGAUCCACCCCUCUCGCCGCCCCGCCCUCCCAGCGCCCGGUGCUCGGCGACUUCGACGGAGACGGCGUGGCCGACGUCCUGGUCGUGGGGUGGAGCGGGGCGGUGGCCGGCUACGCCCUCGCUCCGGACCCGGGAGUCCGGGCGAUGUUCGUGGCGGUGUUGGCGCUCGUGGCGGCGAUGCUGGUGGUCGCCGCCGUGCAUGUUCCGCCGCCGCCCUCGUCGUCGUCGUCGAGGGGGGGGGGGCGGGCGACGCAGUAUGGGACGGGGCUGGCUGGAGGGAAGUCUAAGCGCGCGACGGACUAG